AUGUCUUCCGAGCAGGACGACAUCGAUAUCGACACCAGCUCUGCUGGCCGUAGUGGCAGUCCUGCGCCCUCGCUCUAUUCCUUUUCGUCCAUCGACGGACGUCUGAUGCUACGUCACGUCUAUGGACGCAUGCUCAACAAUCAAAACGAUACAUACUUUCUUCCUGCGGACACGGAAGAACACCGUAGGCUUGAUUUACAACAUCAAGUGCUCACUCUUGCUCUGGGUGGGCUAUUUCCAGCCCCGAAUCUGGUCCGCAGGGCUCUUACACCCCGACCUGGGAAACCCCCCGCGAUCUUGGACGUCGGAACGGGAAGCGGCAGUUGGGCCAUCGACAUGGCCCGACAGUUUCCCCACACCACAGUCGUCGGAGUCGAUUUGGCGCCCCCGGGAAUUGAUGGAGAUCUUCCACCGAACUGUCGUUUUGAGAUUGAUGAUGCAAAUCUGGGCUUCCUGCACUAUCAAGGAGCGUUCGACGUAAUUCAUGCAAGAUCCGUCUCCGCCGGGAUCCGGGACUUUCCCCUGUUUUUGGAGGAGCUUUCGCAAGCAUUGUGUCCCGGCGGUGUCGUCCUGCUCGGCGACGGCGAUAUGCAAAUCUACGACGAAUUCCAAGACGCCGUGCCGUACGCCGAAGAGGGAACACCGGAGUUCUCAUGGACACACCGAGUGUUCUUCGCAGCAUACAACGCGAUGAAGAACCGAGGCGGAAGCAUUGACUCGGCAUCUAUGUCACCAACAUGGCUGCGCGCCAUUAACUCCUACACGGACGUGGGCUGGCAUAAGGUCUUCAUACCGAUCGGACCCUGGCGUUACUCGAAUCAGCGAGAACGCCUGCUUGCGGAGAUGCUCCGUGAGGACUGCCUGCGCUAUAUUUCGGGGAUGGGCCCCCUCCUCCUCAGUGAGGGAUACCUCCCCGAAAGCGUGGACAAAAUGCAGCGUGAAGCCGCUGCGGAGUUACGUGAACUGCGCGUUCACCUCCACAGCCGCUGGACCUUCGCCUGGGCUGUGAAGCGACCCUGA